CCUCCUAGAAGGUGCUCGCUUCGUAUCUGCCAUGCGCAUGCCAGGCGUACAUGAACGUGUAGAAGCCGCCUGUGCUGCACUUCAUUCACGAAUGCUGCGAAUAACAUUUUCGUCCAUCCAGCACCGCGCCGCGCCAUCGAUUAAGCGUGUCAACAUUGAGCAGGAGCUAUAAUAGCUGCGCGCGAACGUCCCCGAGCAAGGUGGCUAAUGGGGUUGGAGAGGCGGAUAGCAAUUGUAGCGUCAAUUAGAGCAGUAUCACACGGUCGUCGAGAAAAAGGAGGUGUAAGCUUGCAUGCUCCCCCCACCCUCAACGCGCCAUCCCUGCAGUGCAGACUAUCACUACGCCUACUCCCGCUCCCGCCACCCUCUCACUCAACGACCUCUUCCACUUCCUCAAAUUACCCUACAUCCCCACUGCUCACACCGUCCGGAUCAUCUCCCGUCUUGCCCUCGGCUUCGCACCUCGUGAACGCAGGUCCUUGCUCUCCAUUCGACGUGCUGCCCUCCUCGUUUGACCCCACCCCCACCAACAACUCUGACGAUCCCCAGCUCCAGCGCCAGCUUCCUCCGGUGAACGAGAAGUCUGCAGUUGCAAACGCUGACGGCGAGGCCUUGUGCAACUGGGCUGCUUUCGUGCACGCGUACGCAGUCGGCCGCUUGGACUGUCUCUGCACCCCGCACUCCCCUCGCUCACAGCUCCAGGCACCCAGUCAUCUGGCGCAGGCGACUUUGGGUUCGACCUUUUGAGACAGAUAACAUUCCUGAUCGUGGAUCCGCCCUUGGAACCCGGAGGGUUUGUUUCUGUAGUUCGAGAGAUCUGUCGCACUCUGUCGCAGAGAUCGCAAGAUGUUUGAGUCCCUGUGCCAGAUACAUCCACCUGAGAUGCUGUGCAACACAGCAUCAUAUGAUCUCACAGUGUGGAUGGCGAGGUCGAUGUCUGGAGCGCGGAGGGUGUCGGAACUGAGAUCAAGAUAAACUUU